GUACACGCACCCGUCAUAUCCCCGAUCGAUAUCACGGUACGAUCGACACUGGAGACAUGGCACCUGUCGCGACUGAGACGGCUCCCGCUCAUGAAGAGAUUCUGAAGGCCGCCCCGGCCAAGCGUGGAUAUCAUGGGGCUGAUGCUCCCUAUGCUAUUCCUAAUGACGAUUCGGAGUGGCAGAGGCUUACCGACAUGCACACUGGGUUGAAAGCAUUCCUCGGCGGGGUCAACACCAAGGCACCCCUAGGUACUCCAAAAGACAUCUUAGAACUCGGCGCCGGAAGCGGCAUUUGGGCAUUCGAGAUGGCUGAGCAGUACCCCGAGGCUAAAGUCACCGCAGUCGACAUCUCCCCAGUCAAUGAAACACACAAGCCCGCCAAUUGCGAGUUCAAACAGGUCAACUUGAUGAAGGACUGGCCAUUCGAGCCGGAGUCUUUCGAUGUUGUGCACAUGCGUUUCCUUCUAGUCCAUAUGCCUAACUGGCCCCAGCUUGCCGCCAAGGCUGCCUCCGCGGUGAGGCCCGGUGGAUAUCUGCUAUUGGAAGACAUCGACCACCAUGUCUACAGGGAGAAUGGGCCUUUGCCUGAUGGGAUCUCGAAGUUCUACAGUGUCUAUCACGCUCACAUGGGCAUGACCAAAGUGGAUGCUGACACUGGUGUCAAGCUACAAGCAUGGUUGGAGGAUUCCAAGUUGUUCGGCGAGGUGCAGUGCCUCGAGUUCCACGCCCCGAUGAUGUCGUACAAGAGCGAUGAGACACUAAAUAAAGUGGGAGAAGUGAUGCGUAUUUCGCUCACUCGGGCCUAUGCCAGCCUUCAUCUUCGAAUGGGUGAAAGCGGUAUGACUCCGGAAAUCAUCAAGGCAUACGCAGACACCAUUCACGAUCCUGACCAUUGGCUGUACAUGCCGAUGUUUUUCACUUGGGCGCGCAAGACGGAGAAUACAGCACACAAUUAAAGUUUCCUAUUCUGCAGUUAGAGUGGUAACAAACUCGGUUCAGUUACAUGGAUUAAUGACCUCCGCCGGCGGCCGGAAAACUGAAGAA